CAAAAAAAAUUUUAUAAUUGUGACGGAAUAAACUCAGCAAUUAACUGGAUACUUGAACACAGUAACGAAAGUGAAUACGAAUCAGACGUGAAUGGUUAUCAAGUUGCAAUGGGAGCGCAUAAAAUGAUUUUUGUGAUAAAUAUGAACUUAAAAAUGGGUACAGGGAAAUUAGCUGCUCAAGUUGGGCAUGCAUCUAUCAGCGUUUAUCGUCUGGCCCAGCGAAAAGAAGAGGGUCAACGAGCCUUAGAAGCAUGGCGGGCAUGUGGUGAAAUGAAAGUGGUUGUUAAAGGCCAAAAUACCGAACAUUUACUUGAACUUUUUAAAAUGGCGAAAGAUUUGCGUUUUUUCCCAUGCUUUUUUUACAUGGGUCUUUUUGCUUAUGUGGUAUCAGAUGCUGGUCGGACCCAAAUUCCUGCCGGAUCUAGAACAGUGCUUGCUAUUUUCGGCCCAUCUGAUCUAGUGGACUCUGUGACUGGACAGUUAAAACUUCUUUAA